AUGUUUGACUACUGUGGGUGGGGGGGGUUGGCGGGGGGUUGGGUGGGGGGGGGGGGGUGGGGUGGGGGUGGGGGGGGUUGGGUGGGGGGGGGGGGUGGGGGGGGGGGGGUGGGGGGGGGGGGGUGGGGGGGGGGGGGGGGGGGGGGGUGGGGGGGGGUGGGUGGGGGGGGGGGGUGGGGGGGGGGGGGGGGGGGGGGGGGGGGUGGUGGGGGUGGGGGGGGGGGGGGUGGGGGGGGGGGGGGGGGGGGUGGGUGGGGGGUGGGGGGGGGGGGGGGGGUGGGGUGGGGGGUGGGGGGGGGGGGGGUGGGGGGGGUGGGGUGGGGGGUGGGGGGUGUGGGGGGGGGGUGGGGGGUGGGGGGGGGUGGGUGGUGUGUGGGGGUGGGGGGGGGGGGGUGGGGGGGGGGGGGGGGGGGUGGGUGGGGGGGGGGGGGGGUGGGGUGGUGGGGGGGGGGUGGGGGGGGGUGGGGGGUGGGGGGGGUGGGUGGGGGGGUGGGGGGGUGGGGUGGGGGGGUGUGGGGGGGGGGGGUUGGGGGUGGGUGGGGGGGGGGGGGUGGGGGGGGGGGUGGGGGGGGGGGGGGGGUGGGGGGGGGGGGGGGUGGGGGGGUGGGGGGGGGGGGGGGGGGGUGGGGGGUGGGGUGGGGGGUGUGGGUGGGGGGGGUGGGGGGUGUGGUGGGGGGGUGGGGGGGGUGGUUGGGGGGGGGGGGGGUGGGGUGGGGGGUGUGGGGGGGGGGGGGGGGGGGGGGGUGGGGGGGGGGGGGGGGGGGGGGGGUGGGGGGGGGGGUUGGUGGUGGUGUGGGUGGGGGGGUGGGGGGGGGGGGUGGGUGGGGGGGGGUGGGGGGGGGGUGGGUGGGGGGGGGGGGUGGGGGGGGGGGUGUGGGGGGGGGGGGUGGGGGGGGGGGGGGGGGUGGGUGGGUGGGGGGGGGGGGGUGGGGGGGGGGGGGGGGGGGGGGGGGGGGGGGGGGGUGGGGGGUGGGGGGGGGGGGUGGGGGGGGGGUGGGGGGGGGGGGGGUGGGGGGGGGGGGGGGUUGUGGGGGGGGGGGGGGGGGUGGGUGUGUGGGGGUGGGGGGGGUGUGGGGGGUUGGGUGGGGGGGUGGGGGGGGUGGGGGGUGGUGGGGUGGGUGGUGGUGGGGGGGGUGUGUGGUUGGGGGGGGUGGUGGGGGGGGGUGUGGGGGGGGGGUGGGGUGGGGGGGGGUGGGGUGUGGGGUGGGGUGGGUGGGGGGGGGUGGGGGGGGGUGUGGGUGGUGGGGGGGGGGGGGGGGGGUGGGGGGGGGGUGUGGGUGGGGGGGUUGGGGUGGGGUGGGUUGGGGUGGUGGUUGGGGGUGGUGGUUGGGGGGUGUGGGUGUGGUGUGGGGGGGGGGGGGGGGGGGGGGGUGUGGUGGGGUGUGGGUGGGGGGGGGUGGGUGGGUGGGUGUGGGUGGGGGGGGUGUGUUGUUUUUGGGGUGGGGUUGUGGGGUGUUGGGUGUGGGUGGGGGGGGGGGUGGGGGGGGGGGGGGGGUGGGGUGGGGGUGGGGUGGGGGGUGUUUGGUGGGGUGGGGGUGUGGGUGGGUGUGGGGGUGGGUUGGGGUGGGGGGGGUGGGGGGUUUGGGUGUGGUGGGGGGUGUGGGGUGGUGGUUGUUGUGGGUGUUGGUGUGGGGGGUUGUUUGGUUGUGGUGGUGGUGGGUUGGGGGGGGGUGGUGUGGGGGGUGGGGGGGGGUUGUGUUGGAGUGUGUGUGGUGGGGGGGGGGAGGUAGGUGUGGUUGGGUGUGUUGGAGUGGGGACGGUAAGUGUGUAUAG